GAAGUUACGCAAUUACUGUGUAACUAUGGAAACAAGCAUCAAAACAAUAUGGCGGUCAAAACAAGCAAUUCUGCACCAUCAACUGUUCUCUUAAGACGACCUUUGCCGCCAAAACUUAGUGAGCAUCAAAAUAAUUCUCUCGUUUCAAAAUUCAACACCAAAGGCUUAGAAAAGAAAAGGGAAAAACUACGUAAAAAUGAAUGCCUGGCCCUGUGUUCAAAAGAAAAUACUAUCACAUCUGCAGUUGACCUUACGAAGCAAGCAUAUAACUUUAACCCAACUUUAGUUUCUUAUAAACCACGAGGUCCUGAUCCCCUGCCAGGAAGGCAACCAAAGCGUUUCAAGGAUAACCCGUAUGAUUUCCCAGUGGACGGACGUUUUCUUCCUUCUUUGCCACAAUUUACUUUGGAGCAGUUUGUUCAACAGUGUAAUUCACAGCAAAACAAAUCUAAAAAUGAGCUAAAAGCAAGGCAGUUUAUUGGAAGAAGUGAUGAUUCGUGGUUUCUGAAAAAAAAUAAUCAAUUAAAUAGCCAACAAGAACUUUAUAAACAGGUUAUUGAUGCGGAGAAUGCGAAGCUACCAAAAUUGCCAGCAAGAAAACCUCAAAGACAAAUUAUAUUUGAAUUAGCAGCUGCUAUUUUAACAAGUGAAGAGUCAGACCUUGACGAGAGAAUCACAGAGAUCCUUGAUGAGGUCGAGAUCAUCAAUAGUAAUACACCAUCAUGGUUCCAACGACAAGCAGGUCCUGAUCUACCUGGAAAUAUUGGAACCAUGACUGAUACUGUGCGAGAGUUGAGUGAACUGUCUUCACUUGAUAGCCGAGCUGCUCCUGAUAUUGCGCAUAUUUUAAACAGACAUCUCGAUCAGAAUCAAGCCAUUAUAGAAUCAAAGAGAGAAAGUUGGCCACAAAGCGAAAUACUUUUGUCAGGUUCACCAACCUCGUUUUUUCAGGGAACAGCGCGAUGUUCGUCGCCAUUUCGUAAGUUUGAAGAUCCAGUCAUAACGAUGACAGACAGAUCAAAUAUAGUUUGUUCAAAACUUAAAAAUUUUCUAGAAAACAACGAGAGUCAACACGAGACGAUGCUUACGGCUGCCGAAUUUGUUAUUUUGGAGACUAUUGUAAAGUGCUAUACAACGCUUGAUCUCAAGGCUCACUUUAUCGCUCAUCUGCCCAACAUCGCACCACUCUGUACCAAACUCACCGUUGUCAAUUUGUCUUUCAAUAAUUUUCUGGUUGUGCCAUCUCAGCUUUUAACAAUAAAAAAUCUGGUGAAUCUAAAUCUACGAAACAAUCCAAUAAAAGAACUGCCCACAGAAAUAGGACAACUUCGUUUGCUCCAGACGUUGGUCGUUUCAUUCUGCUUAGUUUCAUGUAUUCCUGUCAGUUUAUUUAGUUUAAAACAUUUGAAAGUGCUGGAUCUCUCGUACAACAGAUUAUCAUUUCUUCCAAAGGAAAUUGGAAACCUAAGAUCGUUACGUGAGCUCAGCGUCGAAGGUAACGAGUUAGGUGCUUUUCCUAGUGGUAUUCUACAGCUGAAGUUGAAGCACCUUCGAAUGAUGUGUAAUUUUACCCAUCCAGUAUUCUGGAGGGAGACUACUAGCAAUCAGCCACAGCGAUUAUUUCACAUGGCUGCGCAACGAAUGAUUUCGUCGGAAAGAUAUUGCAUCACCUCGAUUCCGCAGGAAAUAAAAAUGCUACUUUUUAGUCCUGGAAUAUGUGACUGUUGUGAUGGUCCCGUGUUUGGCCCCGGAGUAAGAAUUAUCAAAACAGUUGAGGAGAUUUUUGGUGUGAAAAACAUGGCGAUAAUAUUUACAGUAUGCACUCACACCUGCAGGAGAGCGUUUAAAAAGAAUUCUAACGCUGUUGUUAACUGGAUGAACAAAAAUUGCUCACAGGAAGAAACAUCUGGGCCAGAAUAUAGAAUUCAAAUAAUUCAGAAAAACAAAUUAGAAUAAAACGAUCACAAAUUUGAAACUUCAUGGAAAUGAGUCAACCCGAUUCACAUGCAGGUUUCCUCGUUCAUAGAAGUCUAGCCGAUGCAUUUACGUCAUUACACUUGUGUAUUAUGUUAUGCAUACUAGGUAUAUGAGAUGUACCAUGGUUUAUGAAAUGGUAUGACGUAACCAUGGUUUGUGAGAUGGUAUGACGUAGCAACAUUCGCUGGGCUGCCUAUGUUUAGAUUCAUGCAUGGUUACGUUUUCAUCGCCCUACCCCGGCGAUAUGUAGCUAAUGUAGCUAUAUACACUGAAUUAAUUCUAACAUGUUAUGCAGCAUUUUCAAACUCUGUAUUCUUUGAGUAAAGAAAUGAAUAAUAAAAAAAGUAAAGUAAAGAAAUGAAUAAUAAACAAUAAAUAAGUGUAUCAGUUCUAUCCGAAAAUCCUAGUGUAAAUCUUGUAUUUAGCUUGCUCAACCAACGCUUAGGUUCUACGAUGGAAAAAUGCACAAAGUUCAUGCAUGAUUUUCCAGAACAUUUUUUCAUGAUCAGUUUCAAAUGCGAAACGUGAUAAUGUAUUUUACUCC